GUCGAAAAUGUAAACAAACAUAGCGGGAAAAAUAAUUUUGUUUUGCCGUAGGGCAAAACUUAAAGAAUGCCUAAAAAUGGAGAACUUAGUGUAUCUUCCUGUAGAAAAGAUUCACUUAAAGGAUUUGUAUGACUGGUCCAUUCCUGUACAGAGAUGCAAAUCAACAAAAGUUGCACUUUCCCCGGUAGGGUCACCGGCCUCCUCCCCACGCAAGAGCGGAGUCAAAGUAGAUCUGGAGAAUGGAAAGGGAACUGGCUCUCUUGUAAAGACCAAUGAACAUGACAUUGCACUCUUUCGAUAUAAAACCACUGUGUUUGCAGUCAAAGAGGAAUGCCCGCAUGCAGGUGGACCUCUCCAUCUUGGAGAGAUAGAAGACCUAGGAGAUGAGCUUCUGUGUGUCCGCUGUCCCUGGCAUGGCUGGCGGAUCAGUCUGCACGAUGGACAUGUCACCCUGCCUAAGGGGCACAACUUUCAGUCCACAGUUGUCUACCCAGUCAAGAUCACGCAGGAAGGGCAAAUAUCAAUUGGCUUUCGAGGACUAGAUUCAAAAUAUUUCAAAGUUGAUGAGGUUGAGUUUUAAGUUUGUAAUAUUAUUAUUAUGGUCACUUUACUUGGUUGUAAAUAUUGUUUUUGUUUUGUUAAAUUGUGUUCGUGAUAUUUUAUUAGUCAGUCAGGCUACGGGUAAAGGUAAUGUAACUAUUGUAACCAAGACGAUAACAGGGCUUUUUCUGGCUACUUUGGGAAGUUGAACCAAAAGCAGUCACAUUGGGAAUAACUGUGGCAGAUGUUAUAUUUUUUAAUGUCUGUGGGAAAAAGAUUCUCCUAUUCUGUCUGUUGAUACCAUAUUUGACCAACAACAUUUCUAGGAAUUUUAUUUGAAAAUUUUGCAUUCAAAUUAAGAAAAAAAUUCCCUUUUUGCCAUUGGAAGAUUGUGUAUAACUUUUGCAAUGCCAGUAAUUGUUUUGUUUGAUGUUGUUUUCAUUCCAGAUUUUGUUUGUAUUUAAGCAGUGUACUGAAAUCUUUUGGAGCCGGAGGACAAUUUGUCUUAUAUUUAUGCCGCCUACUCAGGACAAUGAUAAGUCACAAUGCAAAAGUAUUCAUAUAUAGGGACUUGAUACAGUGAAUAUUUCUCGUGUGAGAGGAUAAAGCAGUGAGGGUGGCAUGGUGUAUACAAAACCAGUUAGUAUCCAAUAUAUCCUUUGAUUUCACAGUAACAUAAUAUUGCUUGUACAAUAUUGCACAAUUACAAGCUACAAUAACUUUAUAAUGCAUUUUUUGGUCAGUUAUGUUUAAAAACAUAUUACAGCAAGCAAUACACUUUUCAGAUUUAUACCAAACUCACACAUUGGUACAGCGGGCAUCAAAAUUAAUUAUUAUGCCCCCCUUCGAAGAAAAGGGGUACCGGUAUAUAUUACUUUGCACAUGUCGGUCGGUUGGUAGGUCGGUCAGUCGGUCAGUUGGGCAUGACCAGUAGAUGACCCCGAUUGAUUAUAGGGGUCAAAGGUCAAGGUCACAGUGACCUUUAAUGGUAAAAUGAUUUUAAAGCUUGUCAAAGUGAUAACUCAAGAAUGCCUAGACCUAUGGUCAUCAAACUGCAUAUGGAGGCUGGGCCUGACCAGUAGAUGACCUCUAUUGAUUUGUGGGAUCAUCGGGUCAAAGGUCAAGGUCACAGUGACCUUGAAUGAUAAAAGGUUGUCCGAGUGAUAACUCGACAAUGCCUGAACCCAUGGCCCUCAAACUUGACGUGGAGGCUUAGCCUGACCAGUAGAUGACCCCUAUUCAUUUUAAGGUUCUUCGGGUCAAUGGUUAAGGUCAAAGUGACCUUUAAUGAUAGAAGGUUGUCUUAGUGAUAACUAGACAAUGCCUGCACCAAUGGCCCUCAAACUUGACUUAGAGGUUGGGCCGAGGACCCCUCUCGAUUUUGGGGGUCAUCAAGUCAAAAGUCAAGGUCACAGUGACCUUGAAGGCAAACUUAACAAUUCCUUGACCAAUGGUCAUCAAACUUGACAUGAAGGUUGGCCCUGACUAGUAGAUGACCCCUAUUGAUUUUUGGGGUCAUCUGGAUAAAGUUCAAGGUCAGAGUGACGUUUUAUGCGAAAAAGUAAACAAACCUCCCAGUGGUAUCUCAACAAUGCCUGAACAGUAGAUGACACCUUUUGAUAUUAGGAAUCAUAGGGUCAAAGGUCAUGGUCACAGUGACCUUAAAUGCGAAAAUGUUCUUAGAGUGAUAACUUGACAAUGCCUGCACCUUUGGCCCUCAAACUUGACUUGGGGGUUGGGCCUGACCUGUAGAUGACCCCUUUUAUUUAAGGGGUCAUCAAAGGUCAAGGUCACACUGACCUUGAACUCUGAAAGCUUUUCUGUGUGAUAAACUGACAAUGCCUGCACCCAUGACCCUCAAACUUGACAUUUAGGUUUUGGGUCACCAGUUGAUGACGCCUUUGGAUUUUGAGGUCAAAGGUCAUGGUCAUCUGAAAAUAUCAGUCAUCAUCUGAACAGGAUAAAACAUUUUGAAUGGUCAUAAUCUUAUGACAAAUCAGCUAUCAUUUCAGCCCAUGCAUAUUUCAUUCAAUUGUCCAUAUAAUCCUGACAACAUGGCGCUCAGGGGGGUGGGGGCAUAAUGUUUAACAAACAUCCCUUGUUAUGCUUGAAAUAGCUAGCAGAGAUCUUGCUUGUUUGUGGGUUGGAUUCCUUAACAUAAUGCUUAUGAAAAUUAUUGAGUUUGAAAUACAUUUAGACUAGUCUAGGGCCUAUGUAACGAAAAGGUUCAAGUUUCAAGUUGGACACAAAUUAGAAUACAUGUAUGCAAAUCUUGACUUUUUAAUAAAGGAUUUACCAAAUUGUUUUAUUUUUAUUUUGUAUACAGGUGCAUAUUCAUUUUAACAUUUUAAAAUGGUCUUUGUUUUUCUUACAUCUGACUAUUUGUACAUUGUGUUUGUUGAAUGAAAUGGUUAGCUAUGAAACAGUUCUGUAAUGUGGACAUGUUGCAAUAUAUACUGUUCUACUUUUAUGGUACUAUUAACGAUUUUUAUCAGCUAUCUAUAGACGUUUAGUUUUAUGUUUUUAUUACGAAUAUAUAGGGCUUGUUUUAAACCAUAGUCAGUAUUGCUUUAGUUUUGUUUAAAAUUAAUAUUCAGUGUAUUCACAUACAAAUUGUCAGUAAUUUGUUUAUUUACUGCAUAACUGUAACUGUAUUGUUAAGAAAAAUAAAAUUUCCUUAUUCGA